AGGAUUAUUCCAAUAAGAAGAAGAAGAAGAAGCAGCUAAGCAAGCCAUAAUGGCUUCUCAAUCCACCUUAUAUCACUAUUACUCUCAGUCUCUUCCUUCUUCUUCAACUCGCCAUGACUUAUCUUCUUCCUCCAUCAAUCCCCUGCCAAUCCAUCUUCCUUCUAACAACACCUUUCCUGGGGCUUCGCGGUUGAAUGCUAAAGUCAUAGUUUCACAGAAGAAUAACUCUGACUUGAGAGCAAAAAGCACUAGAGGCAUAUCAGAGCCAAAAACUUCAUCAGAACUCGUGGAAGGUUUGACAACCCCGAAAUUGAAUUGGAAGAGUGGGAUCGAUCAGGUGAAGCAAGAAGAUGAACAAGCUUUGGAGGGCUCUGUGAAGAACGAUGAGAUCAGAAAGAGAGUGGAAAGCAUUAGAAAGAACUUAGAAUCAAAAGAAGGAGAGAAGAGUAUAUCACCAUCGGCUUAUCACACAGCAUUGUUCGCUCUGGUUGAAGAUGUGAAUGGAAGUGGGGCCCCUCAGUUCCCAGAAUCUCUUCAAUGGUUAAUAGAGAAUCAGCUGCCAGAUGGAUCCUGGGGAGAUGCGGAUAUAUUUGUGGCUUAUGAUAGGCUUCUUUGCACCUUAGCUUCUGUUAUUGUCUUAACACACUACAACGUUCAUCCGGAAAAGGUCCACAAAGGGCUAAAGUUCUUCAAAGAGAACGCGAACACGCUGGAAACGGAAAAUAGAGAGCACAUGACAUGUGGGUUUGAAGUCAUUCUGCCAACACUUCUGCAUUGGGCAAAAGGUUUGAACAUGGAUCUGCCUGAUGACUUCCCUGGCCUCCCAGAAAUACUUGCAAGGAGAGAUGCCAAGCUCAAACGGAUACCGAUGGAAGUUUUGCAUAGUGUUCCUACGACGUUGCUGUUCAGCUUGGAAGCAAUACCAGGGCUUCAAUGGGAUAAGCUUCAGAAUGUAAGAAGCAAAGAUGGCUCUUACUUGUUCUGUCCUUCUUCCACUGCCUUUGCUUUCACUCAAAGCAACGACCCUCACUGCCUCACUUACUUGAACAAUGUCGCCCAAAACUUUAAUGGCGGAGUCCCAGAUUUCUACCCCAUAGAAUUUUUCGAACAACUAUGGAUUGUUGAUCGGUUGGAGCGUUUGGGAAUCGCAAGAUAUUUUCAACCACAUAUUAAAGAAAUCCUAGAUUAUGUUCACAGAAAUUGGAAUGAGAGAGGCAUUGGGUGGACAAAAGAUUCAGACUUGCCAGACCUUGAUGACACAUCCAUGGGAUUCAGACUAUUAAGACUAAACGGCUACGAUGUUUCACCUAAUGUGUUUAAAACGUUUGAGAAAGAUGGCGAGUUCUGCUGCUUGCCAGGACAAACAGAUGAAGGGGCAACAGUGAUGUUUAACUUUUACAGAGCCACUCAAUUUCAAUUCCCAGAAGAGACAAUUCUUUAUGAAGGCAGGCAAUAUGCAACCAAUUUCUUAUCUAAAAAACGAGCUGAUAAUCAAAUUCUUGAUAAGUGGAUCAUUGCCAAGGAUUUGCCAGGCGAGGUGAGUUAUGCAUUGGAUUUCCCAUGGUAUGCAAGCUUGCCAAGAGUAGAGACUAGAUUUUACUUGGACCAAUACGGUGGUGGUGAUGAUGUCUGGAUUUCUAAGACUCUCUACAGGCUGCACAAAGUCAGCAACAACGGUAACCUUGAACUUGGAAAAUUAGACUAUAACAAGUGCCAAUCCUUGCACCGAGUAGAAUGGAACAGAAUUCAACAGUGGUACUCAGAAUGUGGACUAGAAAUGUUCGGACUGAGCAAAGAAAGGCUUCUUUUGGCUUACUUCUUGGCUACAGCCAACAUAUUUGAACCAGAGAGAUCCCAAGAACGGCUUGCAUGGGUCAAAACUUCUGCUCUCAUUCACACACUCAGAUACACAUAUCCCGACCAACACCAAAGAGAAGCCUUUGUUCAUGAAUUCAAUAACAGCAGUACCUCCUUAAAUGAACGAUGGCUGAAUAAAAACAGGAGCAGGGAGGGUCUUUUUGGGACUUUAAUAGAAACUUUGCAUUCCUUCUCUCAGAGCUCACCUUCUGCUGGCUUCGAUAUUCUUCAUGAUGCAUGGAAAAAGUGGCUCUUGGGAUGGCAAAGCGGUGGAGAUCAGUGGGAAGGAGAUGCUGAGCUGUUGGUGAACAUGAUCAACCUAAAUGCAGGCUACCAACUUCCUCAUUACUUACAAAUCAAUCCUCAGUAUCACAGACUUCUCCAACUCUCUAAUCAAAUCUGCCACCAAUUAAGUUCUCUCCAAACCACCGAGGAAAACAAUAGCAAUGUUAGCUACAAGGGGAAGGCAGAAAUAGGAGUGAAAAUGCAAGAGCUAGUGCAGUUGGUUCUCUCUUCAAAUGGCAUGGAUCUCAACAUGAAGAAAACAUUCCUCACUGUCACUAAAAGCUUUUAUUAUGCAGCUCACACUCAUCCAGAAACUGUAAAUUCUCACAUUGAAAAAGUUCUCUUUGAGAGAGUCGCGUAAUAAAUGUAAUCGCAUCUAAUAACCCCUGUGUGAUUUGUAAUUUCAUGUAAGUCUUCUAAGUAAUAAAAUGAUGUUUCGGAUUGGUUCA